CCACUUCUCGGAUUGUUGCUUUGUUUACCUCUCCUUGCCGUCUGGCUCUACGUACUGCCGAUUUCGGAAAGUACCGAUGCAACUACCGGUUCUGAGUCUGACGCCUUCACUUCUUGUCGCCAGCACCAAUAUCGCGUCAGCCUCUUUGUUUACGCAAUGGCUGGCCUUCUUGAGCUGGCUACUGAGCCGUUCUGGCUGAUUGCCCAAGUUGGCCUGCUGGUGCGAGACCGCAUCUGCCUUGAAGCUGCAGCCAAUGCUGUCCGCGCUGUAGGAGUCGUGGCUGCUCUAUUCCGACUAGCUUAUGGUCCGCUGAGUCGGGCCAAUGAAGAAGGCGUCUACUCUCUGGCUCUUCCGCAGGUGGCUAUAAAAGAGAGUUGA